AGUGGCCCAAGCCGGUCCCUACCCGGUUGCGAACCAACAGGGCCUUCGCUUCUCCCCCUUUCCGCCCGGACCUCCUCGGGCUGGGCGCGGGCGGAGAGCGGAGUGCCAUCCAUGGAUUUCAAUGUCAAGACCUACGGCAGCGCGGAGUGGCAGCCCCGGCAAGGCCUCUCCUGCCGGGCGCUGGCGGUGAGCACCGCCCAGCUGGCGCUGCUGGUGCUGGCGCCCUGGGCGCUCUUCGCGUUGCUGUGCUGGGGCCUGAUGUCCAGGCUGGUGUACCUCCACAGCUGGCUCCGGCCGAUUUUGGUGGUGACUGCUGUGGCGCUGGUCUUCUUGAUGGUGGGCGCAGCCUUCAUGUCGCGCAGCAGGUGGCUGCGGAAGGGCGGCCGCAUCGGGGAGGCUGAGCCCCGUUUCAUGCGCGCCUACGUGUGGUGGGCGGCGCUCGCCAUGAUGUGUCUGGUGGCGCUGGUCGCUGGGGUUGUGGUGGGCAACGUCUUGGCCGGGCGCUACAUGCAUGGCUACUACGACCUGGCGGAUAUGGCGGCCUACGACAACGUGAACCCCGCGAGGAGCAGCGGGAAGCAGCUCCUGGACGCCGGGCGCGUGGUCUUUACCAAGGGCGCGCAUGUGGAUCUCAGCCGCUCCAUGGCGUACCAGAACUCUUCCCUGUUCUGUGUUGCGCCCAUCGUGGGCGCUUUGGACCAGCCCUUGCCGGCAAUCUUCGACGUAUGGGCGGCUGGCAAGGACUGCUGCGGCGGCCCCGGGAACUUCACCUGCGGCGCCGCGGGAAAUGCGGCGGCGCGGGGGGGGCUGCGGCUGGUGGGGGAGGAGCAGAUCUACAGGGCUGCAGUGCAGUACGCCGAGCUGACGUACCACCUGGAGAGCCGAUACCCCAUCUUCUUCGAGUGGACCGCCGACCCCAUCGGCGCGGUAAGCUCCAAGCAGGAGUCGGCCUUUGCCAUGUACUUCGUGGUCAACCUGCUGUUCUUGCUGUGCACCUUCUUCCUGGUGGUGACGGGCUAUGCCUGCUACUUGCGAUCUGCCAAGCGCUGAAGCGCUGAAGUCAUCCCUUCCUCUGAACGCGACGAGACGA